AUGCCUAACGCUAGAGUUAAGAAAGGAUCGGUUGUGUAUGGUGUGGUUGUGCGAGCUGCAAUGCAGAAAAGUCGUGUCGAUGGAAGCCAGAUUAAGUUUGAUUGGAAUGGGGUUGUUCUUCUUUAUACUUUUCCGCGGGCUAUUGAAAUGAAUAUCAGAAAUUCUGAGAGGCGGCAGAUCUUUGGACCCGUUUGGCUCGAGAGUGUUUGGUCCUAUCGCGCACGAUAUUCGCAAGAACAAACAUCUCAAGAUCCUUGCUUUGAGUCGACGUACUGUUGA